AUGAGGUGGGGCUCAAGGAGCAAACGUAAUAGUAUUGCUCAAGAAAAAUCGAAUUCUAAGAAUUCAUCAUCAUCAUCAACAUCACAUAGUCAAUCUCGUCAAAAUGGACGUAACUCGUUAGAUGUUAGAAGUUCGGAUUUAGAAUCACAAAAUAAUCCAUAUGCUCAUUCAAACCAUAGAUAUAAUGGAUCUUCUGCUUCAAUUCAUACUGCAAGAGGUGUUGCUUCAUCUAAUAAUGGUAAUAAUGAUUACGAUGCUAAGAAUUCAAUAGCUUCAAAUACAGAUUCUACAGCUAACAAUCUAUCAAAUUUAACAUUAUCAGGAUCAACAACAUCCAUAAACUCAACAUUUCAAUCCAAUUCUUCAAAUCAACAAGGUAAUCAUGCUGGUCCUGAAUCAAUUCGUACUUUAGCACAGAAUGAUAAUGAAUCAAUAACCCCAACUAUUCCAAAUUCAAGCUCAUUCAAAUUAUCUCAUUCUGGUACAUCAAGUUCACUUAGACCAUUCAAUUAUGAAACUUAUGAUUCUUCUGAAAUUAGAGUUGGGUGGUUGAAUAAAGGUCAAAAUGUUAAUAAUUGGACAAAUGUUAAUAGUGAUAGCUGGAGAUUAUAUAAAGCUCAAUUGAAAGGACCAGUGCUAUCAUUAUAUAAGAUUCCUGCUGAUUUAAACAUUAAAGCUUUUGAUCAUAAUUCUGGAAAUCCACCAGUUAAUAACAAUUUGGAACCAGCUUCAUCACAACAAAGUGUGCGACAAAAAAGAUUAUCAACAGCUUCUUCAAGAUUAAAUUUAAGACAACAAAAUCAUCAAGACUCUAAAAAUUCUCCAACUACUCCAACAACUCCAACAACUUUACAUCACCAACCAUCUACAUCACAAUUGAGUACCAAGAAUUAUAGAAUUAAGCUUAAAUACUUAUCAGAAGUUUAUCCGCAUCCUGAUUUGCAGUUAAAUGCAUCAAAUUCUAUUGUCUCAGGUACCUUAGAAAGUAUUUGUCACACUAUUUUGUUCAACACAUUAGAAGAUGACAAGUUAUCAUAUAACCUCUUGGUCAUUUUACCAUUGUUCGGUGAUAUGAAAGCCAGUUUGAGAUAUUUCAUUGAAUACGCGGUUGUCUUUACUUCUGCUAGACAUGCUAAGAAUGCCGCUGGUAGAGUUUCAAUAUCAAUAAAUACAGAUAAUAUUAUUACGCAAAGAUUAGCAUUGGUAAUUAAUACUAUAAAGGACUCAUUCCCUGGUAUGUUGUUAGAUGAUGAUUUAUCUGAAUUGGUCGCUAAAUUAUUGGAAAUCAUGCUAUCACAUAAUGAAGAAAUUGCAAGAAGUUUAAGAAAAGACGUAUCUAUUAAAGAAGGUGAAAUGAAAAGUUUGACUUUUUUCAAAAAUCAAGUUUAUCAACCAAAUGGUUCUUUGAAUUUAACAAAUGUUGAUAACUUUUUAGCAUUGGAUUCUCAAGUUUUAGCAAAUCAAAUUAAUCGUAUAGAUUUAAAAUUUAACAAAUUAUGGAACCCUAAAACUGAUGCAUCUUUGUUAUAUGAAUUAGAAAACUUGAAAUAUGCAAGAUACAAUCCAUUGAUUUUCAAUUCAUCAACUAAUAUUCAUUAUUUAGGUAGAUUGCUAACAAAUCAUUUGUUUGGUGAUAAUGAAACUAAAAAUUCUGAAAUUAAAAGAGCUAAAAUCUUAUCUAAAUGGAUUGAAUUAGGUUGUGUCUUUGAUAAGAUUGGUGAUAUGGUCAGUUGGUUAGCUAUUGCAACUGUCAUUUGUUCAAUGCCAAUUCUUAGAUUGAAGAAAACAUGGUCUUUAGUUGAUGAAAAAUAUUUGAAAACCAUUUCUACUGAAUGGGCACCUGUUGUAUUUGAACUUGAUAGAAGAACAAUGAUCAGUGAAGCUAGUCAUAGAUCAUCAUAUCAUGUUAUUGCUCCUCAGGGUAUUGGUAUUUCAUACUCCAAAUAUGAUGUGGUUCCUUAUUUUGGUGAUUUAACUGUUAAAUAUAUUGAAAACUCCACUUUGAAGCAAUGUGAAAAGAGGGUCCAAAGAGUUAAAGUAUCAUUUAGUAGGUGGGAUGAAUAUCUUGAAAACGUUGAUCAAGAAGAUGACCAAUUUCCAAAUUCGAAUCUCAAUGGACCAAAUGAAAAUAUGGAUUUAUUAAGACAAUUAUACAACCUUUUAUCAAAUCAUAUUUCAUUACCAGCAUUAUCACAAGAAUCCAUCAUGGAAUUGAGUUUGUUAGUUGAGCCAAGUAUAAUUGGUCAAUACCAUACUUUGCAUUACAACUCUAGAACGCCGUUAAUUACUGGAUCAUAUUUACCAACUUUAUUCACUGAAGUCUUACCAAGUUAUAAAUUAUUUGAUCAAUCUGUUUUAAUUGGUGCAAGUGGAUUUGCUAGUGCAAGAUCUGAUGAUGAAAGUGAUAAUGGAUCAAAUUUCCAAAAAAUUACAGGUGUCAAUGACGUUGAUUUACAUAGUUAUGUCAUGAACUCCAAAAUCCCAUCAUCAAAACAACAUACAUUUUUGAAAUCUGUUCGUGAUAUCUUCAAUAUUGGCUCAGAUGUUUUUCAUAUUGAAGAUGAUUUAAUUUUCAAAUCAUUGAAUAAUGGUGAUGAAUGGAAAAGUUCAAGACCUGCAAGUGUCGUUCUGGAAAAUCCUUCAUCAAAGAGAUUAAGUCAAAUUUCGAAUAAUAGAUUGAGUCACAUCUCAAAUUCUAAUUCGCCUUCUAAUAGAGUUUCUGGAAGCUUAGAAUUGACACAAACACAACAAGAAGCCAAUGAUGUUUUUGCUGUUCUUGAUAACUCCAAUUUGUUAAACUCUUUAGUUAAGCCAUUAGAUGUUGUUUUGAAAGCUGGUACUUUUGAAAAAUUAAUUGAUAUUUUGGUUCUAACUUCAAACGUUUUCUCCAAAAGAAUUGAGCAAGAGGAUAUUGAUAGAUAUCUUGAAAAGUCACACCUAUUGGACAAUCAAUUUUUGAAGCUGAACAUGAAUAAUGGUGUUUUCACAUCAACUUUUUUCGCAACUUAUAAAUCAUUUGCUACAACAACUACUUUGCUAGAAAAUUUGGCUAAAAGAUUUAUUGGUUCUAAGUCUGGUGCUAUCUCUAUUUCUAGAUUGAAUUCCGACAAUGAACAAUCAAAAUCAGGAAUAUUCCCAGAUUGGUAUAGUCAAGUCACUAAUGAUGAUUCACAAUUAAAUUGGAAAUUUGUUGGUAAAAUUCAAUUAGGUGUCUUAGAAGCUUUGUCAAUUCUGAUUAAUGAUCAUUAUGUUGAUUUCACUGAUGAUUUACAAGUGAAGAAAGUUUUUGUUGAUAUUUUGAAAAUUAUUGAUAAUGAACUUAUUGUUGAAUGGAAAGAUAUUUUAGAGAGAUCAGCUAAUAAUCAAGAACUACAUAAUGAACUCAGUGAUAUUCAUGAGUUAUUGUCAUCAUUAUACAAGAAAAUCAGAAAGAAUUAUAUCAAGAAAUGUUACAGACCUUUGGAUGUUUUCCCAAAGAACCAACCAAAGACAGGUGAAAGAACUUUUGGUGAUUUAACAAUAACUGAUCUACCUCGCGAUUUUAGAGAGACUGAACAAUUUGUUGAAAGAUUAGAUUGGUUUAUCAAUGAUUUGUUCUCUGCUGUGAGCAUUUCUGAUUGGAUCUCAGUUUUCCAAUUGAUUGAAAUACAAACUGGUAAAUCAUUAACAAGUUUAUUCAAAUUUAGAAGUCCUACUGCUGCUAGUGACGAUGAAAUUGAAAUUUUAAACGUCUUCACAUGGAUUAGAUCAUUGUAUGGUGAAACUCCAGAUGAUAAGAUCUUGGAUCAAUUUCCACCUCCUGUUAAAAUCUUGUUUGAUGUUCAUUACAACUUGGAGAAAUAUUUCAAACUACAAAUUGCUGAUCCUUCAAUCACACGAGAUGUUCGUACUUCAAGAAUGAUUGCCAUUUUGCAAAUUCUAUCUGUUUCAAGAUUAAGAAUGGGCUCUGUUGAUUUGUUUAAUUCAUUUGAAAAGGUGGAAGAAAAUGACUUAGGUAAAAUUUCACCACAUGUUCCAUCAUUCAUUGAAACAGCCAUUACUCAAGCAAUUGUUUCCCCAGAAUCAAGAGCAUUUUCAAGAAGUUGGAUCUAUUCUGCUUCUACAUUAAAUUCUAAUGUUGACAGCUGGGAUGAUUUGACUCAAUUGCUUCCAAAUUUUGAUGUUGAAGAUCUUGAUAAUAACUUGAAAGGUGGUUUGACACCAUGUGUUGGGUGGUUUAUUGAAAGAUUGAUGGAAAUUUCAUGCUUUGUGCCAAAUAUGUCAAUUGAAAAUUCUAAGUUAAUUAAUUUUGAUAAACGUCGUUUCACAUACAACUGUAUCACAAAUAUUGUUGAUAUGAAUGCCAACUUUUCUAGUGCAUUUUCUGAUUCACCAGAAGAAAUUGAAGGGAUCAAAAAAGAUUUCCAAUUUUUAUACCAAUUGGCACAUUUCCCAGUUAUUGAAUACAAACAACUUAAAGAAUUUGCAAGUAAAGAAAAUAAAGAAUAUCCAAAGAAUGAUCAAAAAUUCAAGUUUUUAGAAUCUUUAAUUGAAAAUGAACAAGAAAAGCUAAGAAGAGAUGCUAAGAAAAAAGAUGUUCUAGAAAAUCAAGAGAGAGAUAUCAAGAGAUCUCAAUUGUUAUCACAAGCUAGAACUUCCGUUUCCAGCUCUCGUGAAUCACAGCCAAUAACUGAUCAAAAUUCAUUGCGUAAAGCACGUCAACCUUCAUCGCCAUCAAAGGCACCAAGUUCAAGCAUGGGUAAAAGAUUGGGUGGCUUACUCAAAUCUGUUCGUCCAUUCUCUAUCAAUGUUGGAAGUACUUGGUCUGGUCCUGAUAGAGUUGUUCAUCCUGAUGAUUUACCAGAUGUGAAUAAUGUUGACUUUAGUGGUAAACAUGCUAAACCGUACCAACAAAUUAAAUUAUUCAACAACAAACCUUUAUUUGUCCAUUCUAAUAUUGAAGGUUUUUUCAAAAUUGUUGGUGAUGGCGGUGAAGACUAUUGUUUCCAAGCAUUAAGUAAUCAAGAUGCUCAAGGUUGGAUCAAUGCAUUAAAUGUUUCAAAGAGAUAUACAUAUCUUUCUAAAGAUGCUCAAGGUUUGACAACCUCAAAAGUUUUUGGUGUUCCAAUUGCUGAUGUUUGUGAACGUGAAGGUACUUUGAUUCCAAGAAUUGUUGAAAGAUUAUUACAAGAAAUUGAACUGAGAGGUCUUGAUGAAACAGGUUUGUAUAGAAUUCCUGGUUCAGUCGGUAGUAUCAAUUUAUUGAAACAAGCAUUUGAUGAAGGGAAUGAUUUCACUCUGGAAGAUGACCGUUGGUUUGAAAUCAAUACUUUAGCUGGUUGUUUUAAAUCGUACUUAAGAGAGUUACCAGAAAAUCUCUUAACAUCUGAGCUAUUACCAGAAUUUGUUUAUGCAACUAAACAGGGUGAUUUGACUGAUAAUUUGAAAAUUUUGGUUCGUCAAUUACCUAUUCAUAACUACCAUUUAUUGAAAAGAUUGUUUGAACAUUUGAACAGAGUGAUUCAACACUCUGAAAACAAUAGAAUGGAUGCUACAAAUUUGGCUAUUGUUUUCGCAAUGAGUUUUAUUAAUAAUGAUAAUAUCGGUGCAAGUAUGGGUACAGAUCUUGGUGCUUUACAAACUAUUUUGCAAAGUUUAAUUAAGAACCCUGAUGCUGUUUUUGGUGAGCAGUUUAAUGAUGAUAGUACUGUUUUCACUGGUAAUGAAUAA